GCGGGAAAGAGACCAGUAUAAACCGUGCCCGGGAGGUUGCUGUUCUUGUUCUUGUCCAGCGAGACGCCCUCCGUGGGAAAGCCAGCGGGUUGCUCUCACCUCCUCGUGUCCGAACAUGGUGCGGACUAGAGCGGACAGUCUCCCGGGCACCUACAGAAAAGUGGUGGCUGCUCGAGCCCCCAGGAAGGUGCUUGGUUCCGCCACCUCUGCUGCUAAUUUCACUUCGCCUUCUUCUAGGAAAGCUGAAAAUAAGUAUGCAGGAGGGAAUCCAGUUUGUGUGCGCCCAACUCCCAAAUGGCAAAAAGGAAUUGGAGAAUUCUUCAGACUGUCCCCUAAAGAUUCUGAAAAAGAGAAUCGGAUUCCUGAAGAGGCAGGAAGCAGUGGUUUAGGAAAAGGAAAGAGAAAAGUACAUCCUUUGCCACCUGAUGACACAGAUGACGAAGAAGAAUAAAACUUUCUUAUUCAUCCUUGACUAAUGUCUCCUGUUUACUCUGGUAUUCUAGGAUGUAAAUUUGCAUAAAUGUAUUUGUUCCAGUUAGCUUUGUUGAAUAGGCAUUUAAUUAAAAAUGAGGGUUACAAAUAGUUAUUCAAAAGCAACUAGUUAAGAUAUUGCAAGAUUUACGAGAUAAUUAUGGUUAUUUACCUUAGUAUUCAAUAUAAUGCAGUAUUUGGCUUCUUUUACCUGUUAUUAAGCUUCUUGUGCUUGCUAAAAAGAAAUCAUUGCAUGUUGCAUACAACAAAUCUGCUGUAUUUGAGAUUUGCUUAGAUUUUUGUACUGCUGCCAUUUUUACUGGCAUUAGAUUUUUAUUUUCGUUCCUUUUAUUUGAUUUAAAAAGCAGAGUUGGAUUUCUGCACAUUAAAAAAAAAUCAGUAUUAAUUAAACCACACCUGUAUUCUUUUCAAGAAUGGGGGCCAAUGUUGAAAAAAUUUGAUGGCUGUCUGUGUUCUCCAUAGAAACAAGUAAGGGCAAUUUGAUCCUGAGGGUUUCAGGCAGGAAGAUUUCACGGACUACAUUAAAAGAGAAGAAUUUUCUUAGAAUAUGCAUUUGAGUUGGUAUCAUAAAAUAGUGCUCUCGGGAAACCAAUAAAUCAUGAAAGGCAAACAUGCCAUAAACCCAGAGCUAUGUCUAAAGUUCUUAGAGCUGCCUUUAUGUUUUUCAAGAUAACAGGGGUAUAAUUGAAGAGGUGGGUAUAAUGUAACUUAGUAACAGUAAUUCUUGCUUCCUCAUCACAUUUUUUUUUUUUUUUGCUGACAUCUGUUGUCAAAAUUAACCAUGUUUUAACAUAUAUGUUUUUUCUGAAGUUUGUUUUUAAUAAAUGGAUACUUAUUUUCACAAUA